AUGGCUUUACUCUCAGCAUGUUGGCUAAUGAUAGAAUCCAUAGUGAUCCAAGAUGGUUUCUUGAAAUGGUCCUACAUGAAAUUAUUCAUGCACCCUCUUCUUCUCUUUCUUUGUCAACUAUUUAUAUGGCUCUAUCUCUUCUUUUUAUGGCUUGUCACACCUUUUCAAACGUUUUACAACGCCUUUUUAUCGUUAUUGGUCACGUUCUCUAAGCUAUUUAGCAGUUUUAUCCGAGUCAUUGUGGUUAGAAGAGAGGUUACAUGUAAUAUUGAACCUCGGCAAGAGAUCAAUAAUACCCUUGUUAACUUGGAACUUUCAAGGAGUAUUCAUAAUCCGGUUCCUACCUUUAGCUUUUCAUUUAAACAUCAAGUGGAUAGUCAAUUAAAAGUUCUUCUAGCUAUGCAAAAAGGCGAGAUUCUUGAAGACGAAGAAGAUUUUUGCUGUCAAUUUGAUCAAGAAAAUGCUGAUGCUCAGCUUCUUGAUGGUAAGGUAAACGAGGAGGACGAAGAUAUUGUCAAUGUUGAUGUUGUGAACAUGGAGAAGAACCUUGAGCUGAAACAUCAGACUAUGCCAAUCAAUCAAGAAAAUAUAUAUUCAUUAGCCAAAGAUGUUGAAGAAGAAGAAGAAGAUACUGUAAACUCAAACGUGGAGACUGAUCUACCUUCUCUAGUAGCUAGUGAUGAUAUGAACUCACUCUAUAGCGAUGGAGAUCAUCCCUCUCCUUUGUUUGUUGCAAGCUUGGAUUCAGCGGUCCAAGAUUCGAUUGAUAUAGAGAAUCAAACUCAUCAAGAUGAAGAUGAUGAAGUAUACAAGAAAUACUGCGAAAGAAUGAAAUGGUAUGACAUCCUAAGCCGCGAUAGAACCUAUGGGCUAAGUGUGAUCAUGAACCAAGAAACGGCAAGUGGUUUGAGCUUAUGGGGAAUAACGGCAGAGAAGAGGCUAAAACAAAGCAUAGAGAAGGAUCUCGAGCUAGUAUAUGUUGCUCAAUCAUGUUUAUCAUGGGAAGCUCUUCAGCAUCAGUACAUAACAGUCAAAGAUAGUUUGAAAUCCGCUGAUUCGGGAGGCGGGUUCUAUAACGAUGAUAUAUCUAAAGAAUUCCAGAAGUUUCAGGUUUUAUUAGAGAGAUUCUUGGAAGACGAAAGGUGUGAAGUAAAAAGGGUCUUGAGCUUUGUUCAAAGAAGGUUUGAGCUCAUGAGCUUCUUUCAAGUCCCAAGAAUUUCAGGAGGAAAAGAAAGAAAGGAGAAACAAGUGGUGAAAGCAAUAGAGAGAUGCAUUGAAGUCUUCUAUGACUUCGUGACAGCAGACAUCAGGAGACCUUUGAUAUGGGAAAGACUUAAAACCUCAUUCGUGAAUUCUCCUCUUAUGGAAUUGGAAGAUCCAAGAGACAUUAAACUUUUUCUUGACCUUAAAAAUUCACUCCAAAAGAAGGAACGGUUGUUGAAGGAGGUACAAGGGAACCAGAAGAAGAUUUGGUUCAAGAAGAAGAAAUCUUUUAACGUUGGAGAUAAUGAGAUUGAGAAAGAGGAAAACUUUAUGUUAGUGAGAUCUCUAAUGAUAGACUUAAAGCUUGUGUCUAGAGUGUUACACAUGUCUUUGGUCUCAUCUUCUCACCUCAAGUGGUGUCAACACAAGCUCAACAACAUUGAUUUCAGUGGUGGCAAAAUCUCUAGAAUUUCCUCGCCUGUUUUAUUUCCCUCUUCUUAA